AUUGCAUCUAUCAACGGAUAACCUGUAUUAGUACAAAAGUGUGAACAUUUUAAACCUGAAGAAUUUUCUAAUUUGCAUCAUUCGAUGCCUUUGAAAACAUUCUAAAUGCUUUAAUGUAUUUAUGUUCGAAAAGAUCAUGAUGUACUCAAUAAUAUUUAGUGAACCGCAUUACAAAAUUUCGUAAAAGAAUAGCUGUUUUAUACAGUGUACUAUAUUAUUAAUACGCCUCAUUUUUGUACGAGGAAACUGUUUAACGUUAUACUACUUAUAACACGUAAUCUACUGCUUGUUGUGUAUUUUAGUAUUAAUAUCAGUUAAUUUAUCAUUACUGUCGUAUCGAAAUUAAGCAUUUAAAUGAAUCAUGUAUUUAUGAAGAAACAAUAUUGUAUUAAUUUACAAUAGUAUUACAGAUAAAGUAUUAGUUAUUGAAAAUUCCAGUCAAUUUAAAGUAAAAAAUGGAUAAACUAAGGAGAGCCUUAAGUGGCAAUGAUCAAUGUGAUGAAGAAAGCGGUAUUAUUACUCAGGCUGAUGUGGAUUUUGUGGUUAUGGACCAAAGUACGUUGAGUUGGUCCACUCGGAUAAAAGGUUUUGCUAUUUGUUUUAUUGUUGGUAUUCUAUGCUCCUUCCUUGGAUCGUUCGCUUUAUUCUUAAAUAAAGGACUUACUAUAUUUGCUGUAUUCUAUACAUUAGGAAAUGUCAUCUCACUAGCAAGCACAUGCUUUUUAAUGGGUCCAUGCAAUCAAUUAAAAAAGAUGUUUGCAGCAACAAGAGUGAUUGCAACUGGUUUAGUAUUUGUUUCAGUCACAAUGACACUAUUUGCAGCUUUACAUCUGAAAAAUCCUGGAUUGGCUCUUUUGUUUAUAAUUAUCCAAUCAUUGGCAAUGACAUGGUAUUCCUUGUCUUAUAUACCUUAUGCUCGUGAUGCUGUUAAAAAAACUGUGGAAUCAUGUAUCACAUGAAUAUAAUUGCAAAGUAUGCAGUGAAACACUUUACUUAAUAAAUAUAUUCAACUUUCACAAUCUAUAUUGUAUAAGUUGUAAAUUGAGCUACAAAACUGAUUUAAGGAUGCGAAACGUAACACUAACAAAACAUAUGAAUAAAUCAUAGUAUGCAUUUAUUUUAAUGAAAUACUAAACGUUUAUCUAUAC